ACCUUCCGAGCACUUUCCCCUCCCCGACUCCCCCUCCCCCGCCCCGGGUCUCCGCCUCCACCACCAGCGCCCCGCGGGCGACCCACAGAUGCCGCCGCCGCGGCCGAUCUGACGCGAUCGAUCCCCGGCGAUGAGGCCUCACCGCCGGAGCCUCUUCCCGGUAAACGGCCCGGGCGCCGUGGAAUGCGACGGGUACGUCUGCACGCCGCCGUCGCCGCCGGUUCCCAGCUCCCCCUAUCACGGCCCCGCCCCUUCCCCGGCGCCGGCGUCCUCCCCGAUCCCAGCGUGCCCUCCUAUCCACUUCCCGCCCUCGCCUUCUCCCUCCGCGCAUAGGGGUCGGAGGAACCAGGGAGGAGGGAUGCACGGGCACGGGCCGCCGCCGCCGCCCUCCGGCGUCGGCGGCGGAGGCGACGACCACCGGUGGCACUACGUCAGGUACGUGCUCAUCGCGGUCGGGGUGAUCGCCUUCGUCUCGCUGAUCCUGCUCGGCGUCUCGGUCGCCGUGCGGCGCCGGCAGGUGCGGCGGAGGCGGCAGGCGCUCCUCGCACCGGCCGCCCCGCCGCCGGGCGCGGGGGAAGCCGACGACGGCUGGAACGACCCCGAGGGCGGAGGCGGAGGCGGGGGAGUGGUGCACCACGUCUGGUACAUCCGGACCGUGGGGCUCGACGAGGCGGCGAUCAACUCCAUCGCCGCGACGCGGUACCGCGCCGGGGCGGGGCUCCUGGGCGCGGCCGACUGCUCCGUCUGCCUCGGCGAGUUCCGGGACGGCGAGCUCGUGCGCCUGCUGCCCAAGUGUGGCCACGCGUUCCACGUCCCCUGCAUCGACACCUGGCUCCGGGCACACGUCAACUGCCCGCUCUGCCGCUCCGACGUGAUCGACCCCGCCGUCACAGCGGCCACCGGGGACGGCGGCGGAGGCGGGGAGGCCAGCUCCGACACGCCGACUGAUCAGGAUGCGAACGACAACGUCGAAGCCGAGCAAGCGGCUGCGGCGAGCGACGCAAUCCCGGAUCACGAACAAGAGGACAGGGAGAGUGACCACCAAGAAGAAGAAGCUUCACCCGCAGUAGAGGACCAGCAAGAACGAUCCAGCUCCCCGGAUCCGCCGCCGCCGCAGCAGCAGCCGUUCUGUCCGCUGCCUCGUAACGUGAGGCGCGCGGCGUCCAUGGACGCGGCCAUUGUGUCAACCGCGGCAGAGGUCGCGGCACGGGAGCGCUUGCCGGAGGCAGCUCCUGAAGAGGAGCAGAUCGGUGGCAGGCGGAAGCGGUCCUGCGCGAAGGCAUCGGGUUCCGGCCAUCGGAGCAACCUCAGCAUCGACAGGCCGGCUUCAGGUGGCAUCCCCAGGUCGUUCUUCUCGCGGCAUUCGCGUGCUCGGAGCUCGGUGCUGCCGCUGAGCUCCCCGAGCUGAAUUUUUGCUCGCUGCUAAUAAUGUUUCUCCUGUCGUUGAUCCACGGCGCGAUGUAUUAUGCUUCUGAAGCUUAUGAUCUCAAAAGCGAGGUUACAAGUAAAAAAACAAAAUACGGUAAAUGGAAGUUUGCAAUCUGAGAAAUACAAUACUGUACAGCUCCGUUCUUCUCUGCAGUUUGGAUUCAGGAAUCGUCUUGAUGGUGAUGAUCUGAUUCUGUCUUGGUCUCCUUCGAGCGAAAUUAAAUAUAGAGGUUCAUGAAUCUCCUGUUUAUAAA